AUGGCUCCCCAACUAUCGGAGUUGCCCCCAGAGUGUGAGCCAUUAUUACCGCCGAGUGGCCCAUCUGAUUGUGACCAGCCUACUGCCAGAGUCCCCCGCCUACGAGCAGACCCCCAGCGUUUUCUCCUGCCACUCAUCUUUGCCUCAGUGGUGGCAGCUGAUUUCGGAAACUAUCUUUCAUAUGCUCCUCAGAUCGCCAUUUUCGAAUCCAUCAUAUGUCGUCGGUUUGGCGCAGACAGUCAUGCCCUGGAAGUAGGCGCGGGAUGCAAGUCGCCGGAGGUGCAAGCGGAACUAGCCCUUGUCAACGGGUGGAAAGACAUGUUUGACCAGCUACCAGGGAUCCUGUUGGCCCUGCCCUAUGGUUUCCUGGCUGACCGAGUUGGACGGAAACCCAUCCUCUUGCUCAGUCUUACCGGCCUGCUAAUGGAGGAAUUGGCCAUCCGGGUGGUAUGCUGGUGCAAUACCGUUCUCCCGCUGCGGACUGUCUGGGUGACCCCGAUCUUUCAACUCGUGGGCGGGGGUCCUCAGCUAUCAACAGCCAUGGCCUAUGCCAUGAUUACUGAUCUGGUGCCUGUUAGCAAACGUGCGUCUGUUUUUUUCCUCAUGGCUGCCGCUGUCCUACUAGGAGAGAUCCUGGCGACCCCCCUCAGUGCCUUCUUAAUGUCCUGGAGCCCGUGGGUUCCCUCGCUACUCGGUGUAGCGAUCCAGUCACUGGGUCUCCUGGGGACGACAUUUCUGCCCGAGACGCAUCCUCAGAAAACAUUUCACGCGGAAGAAGGGGAAGGUGAAGGUAACCAGGACGAUGCGAUUGCUCAUUCUGCCCCGACCCGUCUCUUGACGACCACGCUACGCAGCCUGUGGGAUCAGGCCAGAAGUUUCACCGUCAACGCACGGUGCCUCAACUUAAUUUGCAUCGUAUGCUCCUUUCUUCUAGCCAGUAUUGGUCGUCAGGCAUUACAGUUGAUCAUUCAAUAUGCUUCGAGACGCUUCUCCUGGAGUAUCGCUGGGGCCAGCUACCUCAUCACGGUCAAGGGCCUCAUCAACCUCCUCACUCUUCUGGUUCUGUUGCCAAAACUGUCGGACUGGUUGCGUAGACACCUGUCAUUUUCCCCGGUUCUCACUGACCUUCGAGUCGUGCAGUGGAGUGCAUGGAUCCUAACCCUAGGGAUGGCGCUGAUGGCCAUUGCAAGCCAGCCGCCGCUGUUUGUAUUCGGAGUAUGCCUACUUGCAUUUGGUUGGGGGUUUUACUCAGCACUCAGAAGCUUGGCUACAGCUCUGGUUCUGCCAUCUCAGGUUGGUGUACUGAACACGGCCAUUGGUCUAUCACAGAGUAUCGGGUCAAUGGUCUCAGGGCCUAUCCUGGCGGCUGCGUUUCAACGCGGGGUGCACCAGGACGGAUUUUGGAUGGGCUUACCUUAUCUUCUAGCUGCUGUUUUGUUUUUCUUUGCGAGCUGUCUGACCUCUGUUGUUCGCAUCAUGGACGAGGAACCCAUACCAUAG